AUGGGGUUUCGAGACACUUGGGUGCGAAGAGUGAUGAGUUGUAUUACGAGCGUGUCUUUCACUUUCAAAAUCAAUGGGAGAGUUCAUGGUGAAGUCAUUCCAUCUAGGGGUCUUAGGCAAGAGGCGCCCCCCCUAUUUCUCAUCUUUUCUUUGCAGAUGACAAUAUACUUUUUGCGAGAGCUACUGUUCAAGAAAGCUUACAGGUUGCAUGUCCGAGAAGUUGAAAGGCACUCCAAGUACCUAGGGCUUCCAACUAUUGUGGGCAGAUCAAAGAAGGUUAUUUUCUCAAGACUGAAGGAGAGAGUGUGGAAGAAGACCCAAGGAUGGAAAGAGCGCCUCUUGUCACGGGCGGGAAAGGAGAUCCUAUUAAAGGUGGUGGUCCAAGCAAUCCAAACAUACAUGAUGAGCAUUUUCAAGCUACCCGAGGGUCUUCUGGAUGAGAUAUAUGCAUUGAUGGCCAAUUUUUGGUGGGGUUCGUCACGUGAUAACAGGAAGACACAUUGGCACAGUUGGCGAAUAAAAGAAGGUACGAACUCACUUCUGGGCUCCAUUCUCAAAGCCCGAUACUAUAAGCACAGAGGUAUCCUCGAGGCCUCUAGAGGGUAUGAUCCAAGCUUCGCGUGGAGAAGUAUAUGGGGAGCCAAAUAUUUGUUGUUGGAAGGCUUGGGAUGGCAGGUCGGUAAUGGGUGGUCUAUCAAUGCUUUCAAUGACAAAUGGGUGAUGAUAGAUGGUAAAAUGCAAUCACCGAUAGCAACCAACACUCCUACACAUGAUCUCUUGGUAGGUGAAUUGAUAGAUCACGAUGCUAUGCAAUGGAGAGUUGAUCUUAUCCGACAUACCUUUGAUCAUUUUUCAGCAAAGGCUAUUAUGGCCCUUCCUUUAUGCAAAUAG